CCCUAAUUACAAACCCAAAAGAGGCGGGUCUAAUGGGCGUGACUCUAAAACGCGCAAGCAGGAAACAUGGCGUCGUUGGCAGCUCGUCUCUCUCGGGCUUUUUUCAUUAGAAAUGGUGCAACACUGAGCCGCAACACUGGCCCAAAAUCAGUAAACGCGACAGGGCCGUCUUUCAGCCGAACCGCCGUGUCAACCACAUCGGGGGCUGUGCUUCCUAAACCAAUUAAGGUCCCGUUCGGUCUGACCCGCAUGGUUAUAGUGGUGGUUCCGUUCCUUUAUGUCGGUAAUCUGAUCAGUAAAAAUUUCGCUGCUCUUCUGGAGGAACAUGAGAUCUUCGUCCCAGAUGAUGAUGAUGAUGAUGACUGAGUUCAGAGCAUGUUUCACUCGAGCAGUCUGAAGAUCCUCUGAGAGGUUUCCAGAUGCAGAUGAACAGGAUAUAUUUAUGCAAUAAUGAAUGAAGAUGGUCAACACAUUUUUGUGUUUACAUCCUGCAUUACAGUAACCAUGUCCAUAAGCCAAAGUUUAAUGCUGUUUUUAUGUUUUUGAAUAUUGUCAAAGACAACAUGACUUGAGGCUGCCCUCAUCAGCCGCCUCUCUUCUAUUUAAUAAAUUGCUUGAAUGUUA